CUUUCCUCUGCAGCUCCAUUCAAAGCGCGCUGAAAUGAGAAUCUCGACGCUGAAAACCCCAAACUGAAAAUCCCCAGCGAGUCAGCUACAGAAUAACCUCCUCUCGGCAUACAAUGCGGAAUUUGGCGUCGUCGCUCACAUAAUAUGAAAGCUAUAAGUGUGCAGAACGCUAUGUAUUAGAGCCAUUACUGACCGGAAACUGGUGCCUGCACCGGAGCUGAUCAUCCUAAGGAUAGGAGAUCAAUUCAUUUGAAAACGGGGCUUGAAGAACAUGACCCAGGCUCCAGAAAGGCCGUAGAGAAGGGCCCCAUGGUUCUGCUGUGGAUUUCUUAAACCUUUUCUCCAUCCAAAUCCCCUUAUUUUUUCGAACCACCCAGUGUAGUGGCAUUGUUCCCUACAGGAUCAUGUCUGCAGCACAGACUCAGAAUGACAAUGAGCAGCAUUGGAGCUGCCUGGAAUCUCUGGGUCUGAGUCCCAGAGAGCUGGUUCUGGCUGAGGCUUUGCAGAUGGAGUACGAUGCGCUGUCUCGCCUUAAACAGGACAAAGAUCCUGCUAGAAGGGGAGAGUCUGAGAGUGCCAAGACCAUGCCAUCCAGGAAUACACAAUCUAGACAUAUUCCCAGCCCACCUGGGACAAACUUGCGCCAAGGGUUAUCAGGGUCCGAUCCGAUUCUCAACCUCAUCCAACCUGGAGUUUCCAGCCCAUCGAGAUCAAAUGUGGAUCCUCAUGGCUACAACAAGGAGCCCCUCUAUAUACUGGAAAAUCCUGGAAAGAAUGAUUAUGAGAGGUUGACUGAAGGGCUUUCAAAGGGGUUGCCACCUCCAGAUGAACCUCCUCCAGCAAUUCCACCAAGGAAUCCAAUACCUCAACCAGACUCGUUCCACCUCUGCAGGGGUUCAGCUCCCAGAGAUGUGAACCUGUUUAGCCCUGAGGUGGACCAACCCAAGCUUCCCUCUAGAGAAACCAUGAACUAUGACAACCUGAACGACUCCCUUAUGCGGCUCAGUGGUGGUAGGCAGUCACCUAGGCAUCAAAAAGUUAAUGGCGACCAAACUGGGAAGCCUGUGGCUCGCAGCAAGACACUACCCCCUCAGGUGCCACCUCGCACCUACUUGCCUGGGCAAAAGAGUGUCAGAAACAACCGUAGGGUGUCAGCUGAUCCGGUGUCACUUCGUUCCAGGCUCAAUGGUUUUGGCUAUGAGCUCUUCCAGGUUUCUGAGGAGCGUGACGAGGAGGUGGCUGCCUUCUGUCAUAUGCUCGAUGUGUUGCGCUCGGCUUACCCAUGCACAGACCGCUCUAAAAAUGCGGGGAUUGUGUGGAGCCGAUGUGUGGCGCAGGAGGAACUGCAGCAGGGACUCGGGGUCAGCAUAAAGGUCACCGUCAUUGGUGAACAUAUCCGUGAGCCACUCAUCUUCACCUGUGACGGUUCAUCCACCAUUGACCUGCUAAUAUACCAGACCUUGUGCUACGCCCAUGACGACUUGGAUCUUGUCGAUGUUGAUGACUACCUCAUAAAAGUGUGUGGCCAGGCCGAGUAUCUAAACAACUCUCAGACCUUGGCUGGACUUGAAUAUAUCCAGCAGUGCCUGAAGUUUGAUUGGGAUGUCCAGCUUUUCCUCACCAAGAGAAGCUCUGUUAACAUGGAGUUAGCCCGCACUGAAGAGGAUGACGAGACGCCAUCCUCCCUGAACCACAGCAUCUUGCUGCAGGAGAGGCCCAUCAAGCAGACUGUGACAAGGGAGGCACUAACUUUGCUCCUGGACACCUUUCAUAAUGAGGCAGAAUCCUUCGUAUUAUCAGAGGCUGACCUGCAGUUGCAUGUGGAGCGCUUGGUUCAGUCCGUCAAGGCUCUCUGCAGCUCACUUGCUGCCGUGGAAACACCGGACAUCACCUCAGCCCUGAAUCAGCUGCCUGCUUGUCCGUGCAGACUGCAGCCUAGAGUGCAGAAGGAUGCAAGUGUGCUGGCAAAGAGAGAAAACCGAGAGAAAAUAGUUGAAAGGUUGACGGCUGCCAUCUUGGAUCUGGUGGAGCUCUAUUGCAGCACGUUCAAUGCCAACUUCCACACGGCUCCACACAGCAGCCGGCCCACAGCGCCAAUCCAGGAGGCGGGCAUGGUUACCAACGUAUUGUCCUUCAACAUUUAUGCCGCCCACCGCGUCCCUAUCACCUGGGCCGCCAGUUAUGAAGGGUUCUUUCUGUCGUGUUCUCUCACCCAUGGGGGAGACGAACUAUGUGCCCCCCAACACACAAGCAAACAGUCAGUCAGCAAAUAUCUCUUCCAUCUGGUGGUUUGGGACCAAAGGAUUUGCUUCCCAGUGCAGAUCAACCAGCUGCCACGGGAGUCUCAGCUGACAGUGACUCUGUACGCGACUCCACUACCACCCCCUGGAGGAGCAGAGGACAAGAGCAAGCAGAAAGCCCGCAACAUGGAGGCCCUGGGCUGGGUCACAAUGCCGCUAUUUAAUUUCCGACACAUUUUGACAUGUGGCAGGAAGCUGUUGGGUCUUUGGCCGUCAACCCCAGGAAGCAGAAACACCCGGUCCAGCACUCCCAACUUCAGCCAGCCGGAUAGUGUCAUCCUGCAGGUGGACUUCCCAACAUCCUCGUUUGAGGUGAGUUUUAGCACCCCUCCACCUGCCGAGUUCAGUCCUCAGUACGAGUUCUCCCGACUGGAGCAGAGCAGCCAGAGACAGCUCCAGGAAAUUCUCAACAAGAAGUCUCUCUUCUGGUUGACUCCGGAGCACAGGCGUCUGCUGUGGGAAAAGCGUUACUUCUGCCACGCUGAGAGUAGCCACUUGCCACUGAUCCUCGCCAGUGCCCCCAGCUGGGAGUGGGCAUGUCUGCCUGACAUCUACGUCCUCCUGCGCCAGUGGGCAUGUACCAACCACCUGGAUGCAUUGGGACUGCUGCACGCCACGUUUCCAGAUCAGGAGUGCAGACGCACAGCUGUCCAGUGGAUGGAGUCCAUCUCUGACCCUGAGCUCCUGGACUUUCUCCCACAGCUGGUGCAGGCGCUGAAGUAUGAGUGUUACCUGGACAGUCCCCUGGUGCGCUUCCUGUUGCGCAGAGCCAUCGGAGACGUCCGUGUCGCUCACUGCCUUUUCUGGUUGCUAAAGGAUACUCUGCAGGACUCGCAGUUCAGCGUACGCUAUCAGCACCUGCUAGCCGCGUUGCUCUGCUGCUCAGGCCGAGGCCUCCGUGAAGAGUUUGACCGCCAGUGCUGGCUCAUCAGCAUCCUGGCGAAAGUCGCACAGCGUGUCCGAGAUGCCUCGCCGUCAUCGAGACAGGCGCUCCUGAGAGAGGGACUGGACGAGGUCAAGAAGUUCUUCUCCAUAAACAGCAGCUGCCGCCUUCCCCUUAACCCUGGCCUGCUAGUUAAGGGCAUUAACAUACAGUCUUGCUCCUAUUUCAACUCCAACGCUGUGCCACUCAAGCUCUCGUUCCAGAACUUGGACCCUCUGGGAGACCAUAUCAACGUCAUCUUUAAGUCAGGAGAUGACCUGCGGCAGGACAUGCUCACCCUGCAGAUCAUCCGCAUCAUGAACAAAAUCUGGAUCCAGGAGGGCUUGGACAUGAGGAUGGUCAUCUUCCGUUGCUUCUCCACCGGUCGGAGCCGAGGCAUGGUGGAGAUGAUCCCGAAUGCUGAGACCUUGAGAAAGAUCCAAGUAGAGCAUGGGGUCACUGGGUCCUUCAAGGACCGCCCACUGGCUGACUGGCUGCAGAAACACAACCCCACUGAGGACGAGUAUGAGAAAGCAGUAGAGAACUUCAUCUACUCCUGUGCUGGCUGCUGCGUGGCCACCUACAUCCUGGGCAUCUGCGACCGCCACAACGACAACAUCAUGCUGAAGAGCAGUGGCCACAUGUUCCACAUUGACUUCGGCAAAUUCCUGGGCCACGCGCAGAUGUUUGGGAACAUCAAAAGGGACCGGGCUCCUUUCGUUUUUACGUCUGACAUGGCAUACGUGAUUAACGGGGGUGACAAGCCUUCGAGUCGCUUUCAUGACUUUGUGGAUUUGUGUUGUGAGGCAUACAACCUCAUCAGGAAACACGCACAUCUGUUCCUCAACCUGCUGGGCCUGAUGUUGUCCUGUGGCAUUCCUGAGCUGUCAGAUCUAGAGGAUUUAAAGUAUGUUUAUGAUGCCCUGAGGCCACAUGAGUCUGAGACGGAUGCCACCAUGUACUUCACCAGGUUGAUAGAGUCCAGUCUGGGCAGUGUGGCCACCAAACUCAACUUCUUCAUCCACAACCUUGCCCAGAUGAAGUUCGCCUCAUCCGAGGAGCGACCCGUUUUGUCCUUUGCACCGCGAGUCUACACACUGAAAAGCGAUGGCCUCAUUCGCAGCCUAUUUGUGUGCCGCCACAUUAAAACCUACAGCCCCAACAAGGGUUAUACAUAUGUGAUAAAAGUGGAGCGUGAAGGCCAGCAGGGUGCAACGUUGGUUCAGAGGAGUUUUGAGGAGUUCCAUGAGCUACAUAGCAAACUACGCCUCAUCUUCCCUUCUUCGAAACUACCCAGCUUUCCCAGCCGUUUUGUGAUUGGCCGCUCUCGUGGAGAAGCCAUGGCUGAUCGAAGGAAAGACGAGCUGAACGCAUACGUGUGGCAUCUGAUCCACUCAGCCAACGAGGUUGCUCAGUGUGACCUGGUCUACACUUUCUUCCACCCGUUACCAAGAGAUGAGCGGCCAGUAGGAACUGCUGUAAACGCACUGGGCAACAAACCAACAGAAGGUUCUUGGACUCCUGUGCCUGGUAAAGUGGCUGGUGAAGUGAAAUUGUCGAUUUCCUACAAGAGCAACAAGCUUUUCAUUAUGGUGAUGCACAUACGAGGCCUGCAACCCUUGCAGGACGGCACUGAUCCUGAUCCAUAUGUCAAACUCUACCUGCUCCCUGAUCCCCAGAAAACAAGCAAGAGGAAGACGAAGGCAGCUCGCCGCACGUGCAACCCCACGUAUAAUGAAAUGCUGGUGUAUGAUGGGAUACCACUUGGGGACCUGAGCCAAAGGUCAAUCCAUCUUCGAGUGCUAGGCGACGGGGCGUUCUGGGAAAACACACUGUUGGGCGAGGCCAUCAUUCCCUUAAAGAAUCUAACACCUGGACAGCAUUGGGUGGACUGGCACCAGCUGAGCACAGGCAGCUCUGAUGCCAGCCGCUAACACAAACACACAGUUGCAAAGACAGACAUUAGGUGAUUGCUACAUUCUGAUCGACAGGUGUAAUUUGGUGCAUCCCUGUAAAGGGAUCUGACUUGGAAGAGGAAGCCUGCUGAGGAGCAUGUAGACGUGUCUGUCUUUGCGCUGUGGUCUGUGAGUCGCUGCGUAGAAGGAUGUAUUUUCCCCACAGUGGGGGUGUUUGUUGCUGAUUCUCCUGCCCUGGAGACUUGUAGACUCUGUGAUGGAGAGCCAUCACUACAUGUGCUAGUCGUGUUGGGUCUUUUUGCCCUCUCCGUGGACAACGAGAAUAGGACAUGGCUGAAAUAGCUGUGGUUGAGAUAAGAAACACUGACUCUCUGCGAUAACGAAUGCGUUCCUAAAGGAUCUGAAAGCUUUGUCCAUUGUACAGCCUCACAGUUUCCUGUCGAGAGAGGAAGUGAAAUGUUAACUUAUUUCUUUUUAAGAUGUUCUUUUAUUUUGGCUCGAUUUGGAGCUCGCUUUCGUUGUGACUUUUAUGUCUCUGUGAUUUAGAUUAUUACAGGUUUUACCUAAUAAGGAUAAAAGGGAGUUAUGGAGUUUUAUAAAACGAUUAAAUUCACAUUGGUGGUGGCAGGGAUCUAUCAUGUCUUGAAAAACAAAAACACUUGAGAUUCUGUGGCAUUGCAAACUUGUGUGUAGUCAUGCAAGCUCUAACUCAGUCCUACAACUUCUGUAGUAGUGUGAAUGACAAAAAUGGCUCUGGAACAGACUUGGGUUUAUUGUUCACGGUUUUAUUUUCUUCUGUAAACAAUUGCCAAACUUUGAGUAGAUCCAGGAUGCAGUGAUUUUCAAAAAAAACUAACCCUGAGCUUUGACUUAAAAAUCUGCACUCGUGUAGGUCGGAGCCCAAAUUUAAGAUAUGUUACUUUACAUUGUACCAUGCCUUCUCUUUCUCCUUCUCAUAUACUGUAUAAGCAAGAAAUUAAUUAAAAUGGCUCCUUUUUGUCACCAAUACUGUUAAGGAACCUACGCGGGAUUUGAUAAAUGCUAUAGCUGGGCGAUAUGGACAGAAAUCCAGGUUAUUAUUUGACAAAAGAACUGUAAAAGCAGUCUGAUUAUAUUCUCUGUUUGUGCAAUGAAUUUCCACCAAUGUACAGUCAUGAAUACAUGCGAUAUAAAACAUUCUGGGUUUCCA